AUGUCUUCCAACAUUCCACAGCAAGGCUCGGUCAGCACCAAUCCUUUGGCUGCGAAUACAGAAACCUCUAGUGAAGCCUGCGCCCAGAGAGACGCGCGAAUCCAGACAUUCCUCUCGGACCAGUCCCUUCGUCUUGUUCACGGGACCGUCGCGACUCAACAGCGCUCGUCGUCGCCGGCGGCUGCUGCCGUUGCCAGCAUCGAUCAACUCGGUCUAAGCUCCAAUGGCGCCGGGGCCGGCUGCGCUACCGGGAAGUCCGUCGACGCUGUGCCUUUAGCGUUGCGCGGAACCGGAUCACAGUUCGAGAAGUAA